AUGCUUGUCCAGCCAACCGUCGGUUACUACAGCGACAGAUGCACCUCCAGAUUCGGCCGUCGCCGUCCUUUCAUUGCAGUCGGUGCCGCCCUUGUCGCUGUCGCUGGUAUUCUUAUUGGAUACGCUGCUGAUCUUGGCCGCUUAGCCGGAGACAAUCUUGAAAAGACUCCGAAAGUACGAGCCAUAUGGUUCUUCGCUCUCGGUUUCUGGAUCCUCGACGUGGCCAACAACACCCUUCAAGGACCUUGCCGCGCUUUCCUCGCCGAUCUCUCGCAGGAGACGCUAAGCAAACUCGGACCGCAAACGCGGUUUUCUCUUUCUUUAUGGCAGUUGGAAACAUUUUGGGAUACGCUGCUGGAUCCUACACUAACCUCCACAAGAUGUUUCCUUUCACGAUGA